AUGUACUGGUCAACUAGAGACGCCCACUACUGGGUCAACCAGGACGCCCCACGUACUGGUCAACUAGAGAGGCGCCCCCACGUACUGUCAACUAGAGACGCCCCCACUGGACGCCCACGUACUGGCCAACUAGGGACGCCCCACGUACUGGUCAACAGGACGCCCACGCACGGUCAACCAGAGACGCCCCACGUACCGGUCAACCAGAGACGCCCCACGACGCCCCAACGUACCAACAACCAGACCCCACGUACUGGUCAACUAGGCCCACCCCACGCCGGUCAACUAGGGCGCCCACGUACUGGUCAACUAGGACGCCCCACGUACCGGGUCAACCAGGGCGCCCCACGUAUUGGUCAACUAGGGCGCCCAAUGUCAACUAGGGCGCCCCACGACGGUCAACUAGGCGCCCCACGUACUGGCCAACUGUCGAGUCAACCAGACGCCCCACGCUGGAGCGCCCCACGUACCGGGUCAACCAGAGACGCCCCACGUACUGGUCAACUAGGGACGCCCCACCGAACACCAGAGACGCCCCACGUACUGAAUAACCCAGGUCAUCAGAGACGCCCCACGACUGGUCAACCAGGGACGCCCCACGCACUGGUCAACCAGGACGCCCCACGUACCAACAACCAGAGACGCCCCACGUACUGGUCAACUAGGACGCCCCACUUACUGGUCAACCAAGGACGCCCCACUUACUGGUCAACUAGGACGCCCCACGUACUGGUCAACCAGGGACGCCCCACGCAACAGACCAGACGCCCCACUACUGGUCAACUAGGACUUACUGAUAACUAG